AUGACUGCGCCCGAGCCCCCGAUGAGCUUGGAGGGACAUUGCUCCGCAGUCCACGACAGCACUCUCUACGUGUACUCCCCCGAUGGGUUCGCCUCCCUUCCCCUUGGACAUAAUGCCACUUGGAACCCGUUAUCACCGGGCGUGAACGUUACUGGAGCCGCAUGUGUUACCGCGGCAAUUGAUGGUGAUAACAACAAUCUGGCAUUCUACGUAGUCGGCGGGACCGGCAGCUCCAACAACACCGGCCUGCAAAGGUACUCAUAUCAGGACCAGCAGUGGUCGACCUUGCAUGGCUCAUCGUACUUGAUCGACCUACUUGGACAUGGCGUGGGUUAUCUCGAAGAUGCGGCUUCCAUUUUAGUGUAUGGUGGAAACCAGAAUUCCAACACCGCCUCGCAAUCGACCUAUGUGCUAUCGACAUCCUAUCCUUAUGGCGCUGAUGCCAAAACGCCCCAAGGCGUUCCCUCGGCAGCUUCACCGAUGCUUUUGAAGUGGAAUGAAUCAACAAUUGCCUUGAUUGGCGGCUACACGUCCACCACCGAGGUUUAUAUCUAUGGAAAUUCAACUGGCUGGGUAGCCUCUGGAGCGACACUUCCAAGCGACGUCGCGUCAGCAACUGGUCGCUUCGCUAUCGUGAGCGAUGACGAAGGUAACAAGAUCUUGGAGGACUUCGACAUGAGCGUUUCGCCGAAUACUAUCACCAGCUACGAAAUGAUCAAAGAUGGCUUGGCCAAGUCCCCAGCCUCGGUCAUAGGAUCCUCAUCUUCAAAACGGAGUCUAAGCGACUAUCCCUCGUACAACAGCACAAAUGCCGGAACCACGACACGUUCUGAUUACGCAAUUGCUCAAAGUAGCAAUAAUCUGGUUGUCAUCUCCAGCGGCAGCGGCAACAACUCAGUGUCUAUCUUCAACCAAACGUCUAAUAGCUGGGUCAAUACAACGGAGCUAUUCGGUAGUGGCACACAGAAGGUUCUACACGAACAUACCACCACCGCCACUGCAUCUAGCACACCCACUGUCACAGCCUCUUCUACCGCCUCCACCACACCGAGCUCAUCCCCGACUGCUGCUGCUGCUGCUUCCGGCAGUUCCGGCGAGCAAGUCGGAGUGAUUAUCGGUGCUACUCUUGGAAGUAUUUGUGGUGCUAUCGUGAUCCUAGUUGCCAUCUUGGUGCUACUUCGCCGCAAAAGAGAGCAACAAAACCCAGAAGCUCAAGGAAAUGGCGGAGAUAGGAAAGAUCGCCUCAGUUUCCAAGAUCAGGGAAUAGAACCCCUGACUGAAAGAGCUUACCCCAUGGCAAAGAGCCCAGUCCCCGUUGCAACGAUUUCCGAUGACUCCCUUGCCAUUAUGUCGGGCAAGUAUGCCGGAGAGAAAGCUUUGAGAGCCCCCAACCAAAGCUAUGGAUAUGGACUAGGCAAGCAAGGUCUAUCACCGAUCCCGUCUAGUGGACUGGCUCCAUCAAGCAUGUACUCGGAUGACUCAGAUCGAUCUGCCGCCGUCGCUGCCGCCGUUGAAGCUAUCUCCAGCCCUGGAAACAAGCCUGGGGAUCGAACUACCGAUGAAGGAUGGGGCAAGUAUUUUGACGACAAUCGCGCGACGAGCCUUGCUGGAAUGCAGUCCGAUCGCUCCACCAUGAGCUCUGCCUACACCAAAUCCGAUUAUCGCGGUAGCAGCGCCUGGCCAAUGUCCAAUCUUGCUCCAUUAGAUUUCGGAUUCCUUGACCAACCAAAGCCGCUCGGUCAAGUCCACAGUGGCAGUCCCACAACAGAGAUUGGCGGCCACACUGGCCGCAGCCUAGUCAUCCCCGAAAGCCAAUCUGCCCGUAUAUCCAGUGCCGACUCAGUCAGCAUUGCCUCGGACGAUGACCCACACGAUACAAACUGGACUGGCGCAGGCCACAGCAGCUGGCUAGGACGUCCAACCAGCAGCAAUUACAGCAACAGUUAUUACGGCGCAAGCAACACAAACCUCCCAGCUACAAAUUCUCAAGCUUUCGCCCGGAACUCAAAUGCCCGCAAAUCCAGCGUCAUCAUACCGGACGAUAUUGAUGAGCUUCCGCCUUCUGGAAAUUACAAUUCAGAUAUGAGCUGGCUCAACCUCCAUGCCGAACGCUAA